UCAAUGUCAAGUCUCAAGUUGCAGUUGCUGUUCAACAUAACCUCCGAAUCAAAUCAAGCGCAAUUAAAAGUGUGCAUACCAUUUCUAGUGUCGAAAAAGAACAGUUUCAGACAAUUGGCAAAAUGGAUAUAAAGCCGUACAGUUUGUUCAGAUGUAAUCUGUGCCAAGCAAGUGAAAUCCAUGAAGCGGAUUUAACAAAACACCACCAUCAAUUCCAUCCACAUAUUCCGUAUGCAUCAAAUCACUAUGUUUUUCAAAGAAUGGUCGAGACACGUGCCGUGUGUAAUAUUUGUCUUGGAAAAAUGCAUUUGGGCAAACGAAGUGAUCACCAUCAGUCCAAACAUCCGGAAUGCAAAUUGGCCAUUAUUGAUAUAUUCGAAUUGAUUUUCUUCGUGAAAAGGUCGAAAAAUGCUGGACCGCGACGUGAUGAUGUCAUCACAUGUAGCCGUUGUACGAAGAAAAUUACUCGUGGUAAUUUUAUUGAUCAUUUUAAUCGUGAACAUCCGGAAUGUUUCAAAUCAACUGGAAAUCAUGAUGACAAGGAAGACAAUGCAUCGAAUUUGGAUGGUGACGACGAUGACGAUACACUUGAAUCGGCUAGAAUCAACCACUAUAAGUGUGGCUUGUGCGAACAGUCCUCGAUUAAGGAAGGCAACCUACCAAAACACCACAAAAAAUUCCAUUCAAACGUGCCAUAUGCAAGCAACAAGUUCACAUUUGUGCAUUCGGCCGAAUGGAAAUUUAAAUGUUGCAUUUGUUGUGAUGUGAUCGAUCAUACGUUGCAACAGCAAGACCAUCUUCAAAAUGUUCAUCCAGGAACAUUCACCAAUGUUCGUUAUCUUUUCAAUCGAGUUCAAUACUUACGUUUUGCAAAUGGGAAGAUUUCGUGCUCUGACCGGAAUAAAGGCGACACAGUUUUUUGCCAUUGUUGCCAUUCAAAUUUUCAUCGAGACAAAUACAUUGAACAUUUCAAACGUGCACACCCAAAGUGGUUUGAACAAGGCGAUCGAAUGGCACCAAUCAAGCAAAAAAUGACGCCAGCCGAGGGAAAGAAGAAUGAAAUUAGCGGUAGUCAGACCAUCGAUCAGGAUGCUGGCCAAAUGUUGACAUUGGAAUCACAUGGUACCGGUACAAGCGAGGAAUGGAAACCUCGCACUCCGAAAAAUUACGGUGGUACUGGUUUCAAAGGGGAAAUGGUAAAAGCUGAUCAAACCAAAAGCUUGUCUCUUGACCAUGGUGCAAUGGAUGCAAAUCGUAAUAGGAAAUGGGAAGCAGAGACAUAUCCAAAUGAAGUAAAGAUGUCUCGUAUCGACGAUGAGAGCACAUUGGCCAAAUCAACGGAUGUGACACCCAAGACACUGGCAACCCGUCUGGCACAAUGGAAAAACUGAAAAUCGAAUAACCGAAUAAUUAAAAAUAGACAGGUUUCUAUUUUAAUCAAAACACAUUCGAACUAUACCCAGUUCCAUUUUCAUGAUACGUUUUUUUAUGCAAAUGCAUACUCUCAAUUUAUUGAAAAAUCUUUUUUUCGUUAAAUUCAAUUUUUUUCUCGGAUAUUUUCUCUAAAUGUCGACAAUUUUCUUUAAUUUUU